GCGGAGGCUCGGGGGGGGGCGGUGGCGAGGCCCAUUGCUGGCGCCCUUGCAUUUCAGAGCUUGUUCCGGGCCCCCGAAACACCCGCGCCACAAAAGCCUGGGGAAGACCGAGCUUGGACCAGAGCUGUGGCUUCUUGUGUGGAUUAAACCUCCAGGGGGAAUAUUUGUCUCAUCUGCCCCCGAAGCAGCCAGGCAGGGGUUGGCGUUGCCUGAUGUUAUCUUAGGGUAGUGUUUGCUGCGCUGUAUUAAUGCAGAGCGGGUUAGUCUGUCCCCAGUAGUCAUGGUCUGUCAGGAGAGGAUGGGCAAAGGGAGGAGAAGCACGCGUCUCAUCUCCACAGGGGAGAGCAGCUUUCCUCCAGGGGCAGAAAAGCUCCAUCCGCGUCAGUCUGUGGAUACUUCCAUGUAUGUCUGUGUGUUGCAUGGAAGGGGACAGUGAAUUAAGAGCUUGUGCCAGCCACAUUACUCAUGAGUGGUGGAGUGAGACCAAGCUGUGCAUACAAAGCAGUCUGCUGAAACGAGAGUAAAUAGCUAAAAACAUAGCAGUCUGUUAAUGUCCUUAUUUAAGAAGGUGAAAUUCCUGGAGAGCAGGUUUUCCCUUUUAGGGCUGCCCUGUCCAAGGUGGCUUGCAAAUGACAGCAAAUACCAAUAAGUGUGUGGCAAGGCUGCACCCUUGUGCCACUGAAUCAGCCCCACAAAUGUAGCCUAGGGGUUAGCCACUUACACGUAUGUACAAAAUAUUAUCUGUACCGAGACCAUAAAAACAGGUCUCGGUAUAUACGUUUUCAUCUUUCUUAUAUACAUAGUAGCAUUCGGUAGAAAGUUCAAACCGGUGUUGCCUUAAUGUCAAUGGCCUGUAGUUGGAAAGAUCACAUAGCCAAUAUUGUUUAUCCCCAAGAAAUCAAACCAUUUGGAUAGUUUACCUCAUUUAGUUUAAAAUCAUGUUCCCAUGUAAUAGGAAUCCAGGGAGUAGUUGAGGUUUGUACAGCACCUAGCGUCGUGCAACCCCGCGGGGUCCAUGGCUGCGGCCCAAGUGCUACCAAACUGCAAAUAAGAAAUGGUAGACCACUUGUCUGUCUUUGAAGAGAUAUAGGUGCUUUCCAGGAAAUGUUCAGCUAACUACUAAAUUUGAACCUAAUUGUGCAUGACUGAAGACGGGGGACUCUGCCGUUCAAGAGGAAGAGAUGGUGGAUUAAGAUACUAGACAGGGAUCAAGAGGCUUCCAUUCAGCUCCUAUCUCUGCAUAGCAGUUUUUCGCAGACCAGACCACCUAUGGUGCAUCUACACCACCAAUGAUGCUCAACCCUCAGGACCAUGAGAAGCAAUAUGUGGGGUUCGCCACCCUGCCCAACCAGGUGCACCGGAAAUCCGUGAAGAAGGGCUUUGACUUCACCUUGAUGGUUGCUGGAGAGUCGGGCCUGGGCAAGUCCACCCUGGUGAAUAGCCUGUUCUUGACAGACCUGUACAAAGACAGGAAGCUUCUCAAUGCUGAGGAGCGAAUCAGCCAGACCGUGGAGAUCUUGAAACACACCGUGGACAUCGAGGAGAAGGGAGUCAAGCUGAAGCUGACCAUUGUUGACACUCCGGGCUUUGGAGAUGCUGUUAACAACACAGAGUGCUGGAAGCCCAUCACUGACUACAUCGACCAGCAAUUUGAACAGUAUUUCCGUGAUGAGAGUGGCUUGAACCGGAAGAACAUCCAGGACAACCGUGUGCAUUGCUGCCUCUACUUCAUUUCGCCCUUUGGGCAUGGGCUGAGGCCAGUGGAUGUCGAAUUCAUGAAGGCUUUGCAUGAGAAGGUCAACAUUGUGCCCCUGAUCGCCAAAGCGGACUGCCUGAUCCCCUCGGAGAUCCGAAAGCUAAAGGAGAGGAUCCGGGAAGAGAUUGACAAGUUUGGGAUUAAAGUUUACCAGUUUCCAGAGUGCGACUCAGAUGAAGAUGAGGAAUUCAAACAGCAAGACAGAGAGCUGAAGGAAAGCGCUCCCUUCGCUGUCAUUGGCAGUAACACAGUGGUGGAGGCCAAAGGCCAGAGAGUCCGUGGGCGGCUGUAUCCCUGGGGCAUCGUGGAAGUGGAGAACCAAGCACACUGUGACUUUGUGAAGCUGAGGAACAUGUUGAUCCGGACGCACAUGCACGACCUGAAAGAUGUCACCUGUGAUGUUCACUAUGAGAACUACCGGGCGCAGUGCAUCCAGCAGAUGACCAGGCUCAAACAGGUCAGAAGCAAGCUGACUCAGGACAACAGGAUAGAAAGCCCAAUUCCCAUCCUGCCCCUUCCAACACCUGAUACGGAAACAGAGAAGCUGAUCAAGAUGAAGGAUGAAGAGUUGCGGAGGAUGCAAGAGAUGCUGCAGAAGAUGCAGCAACAGAUGCAGGACCAGUGAGUGCUAGGAGGAUGGGGGCAAAAGGAAUCCCCCCUGGUGACUUGCUGGGGCCCAGCUUGAGACGUGGACGUUUUCGAGAGAAGUUCCCCAUCGCGUAGAGACUUGCGGGCAAGAGCUGCACUCCACCCUCUAAUUUAUUAGCAGCGACACUGACCCUGCAGUCAGCCAGAUCGUGGAGGAGGCUGGUCACUUCACUGUUUACUGAUGUGGGUUUUCUUUUUUUCCCUCUUUUCCUAUUUUUUUUAAUAUAUGUAUAUAUAUAUAAAAGUCUGGGAAGUGUCUGAGGCAUUUUUAAAACCUCCCCCCCUUCCAGGUGUACUAACUGCUUGUUUGGGAAUGUUCUGGGAUUUCAAGUCACGGUGUCUGUGGCGUCCAAACUUGAAGACUCUCUGUGUAAAUGCACGUAAAUGUUUACUCCCAGCCAAGGUGCGGUGACCCCAUCCCCCUCACCACCCCUUAGGGCCAGCGCAGGUACCUUAAAAGGCAAAUGUUACCUCUGACCUUUCAUGGAUUAGACCAAGCCAGCUGUACCUCUCUGCCUGGGCAUUUCUCAGCCACUGCUUCACUGCAAGGCACAGCAGGGGUUUUUCACUGAAACUGGCUCAUCGGGGUAUUCUUAGGGUGCCUGAACAGUCCUGCUUGAUUUUCCCAUUGAGAAGUUCCAGGAUCAUUUGCACUGAGAGGAAGGAGCCUUGCUCCCUAGGUCAGUAAAUACCAGCUUUCCACUGCCCUUAUUUAGGCCUUCCUAGUUUCGCAGAUGUGCCAUUGAAGGCCAGGCUGCAUCAGCCUUUGGAGAGGUGAUUGCUACUGGGCCAAUCCCCUGGGUGUUAGCAUCUCCUCAGCCCACUGCAGCCAGCAAAACUGAGGAGUUAGCAGGCGACAUGGUAGCUUUUUCUUCACUUCCUUCCCUGUCUAGGGUGGGAGGUGUGGAGGUCCCAUGGUUCAGCCCCUGCUAUCCAACCCAAGUGUAACCCCAGUGCUCAGUUGGAGGUGUGAAGGGCUCAAGCCAUACCCACUGUUUAGAGCUGAAUGGUAGAAGCUACAGGGUAAGGAACAACUUCUCAGAGCAGGGCCCUCUUUUCCUUCCAAGCAUGUGAAGCCCCUCAGACACACUGCUGGCCCAUUAGCCCAUUCUGCCAUUUCCUCUGUACUUUCUUAAUGAGCGUGUGGGAGAGCCAAGAGCUUUCUGGAGGGGAAAGCUGGGAGGGCAGGCUGCAAUGGGAACGGGGGGUGAUGAAUGGCUUGCAGAGUCUUCAGCCAGCACAACAGGUGUGCAGGUGUUAUGCCAGGGACCAAGUGCAGCCCGGCAGGCCUUGCCCUUCCUGCACUGCCCUUUCUUACAGUAGCUUUAGGCUUCCCUUUUCCUCCUGUCCCCAGGCAUGGCAGCCUUUUCCAGCUCUAGUGUUGGGAAGGCAGGCGGGAUCUGGUAGGCAGAGAUAAGAGUGCUCUGUCUUUAGCCUUUCUGUCCCACUGCUGCUUCCUGCUUUAUUUUUACCAUCAGGCCCAGUGAGAGGAGGUCACCAGAAGUGUGGUGUGUCUGAUAGCACAGGAUGUGCUGGGAAGGCUGAUGGGAAUGGCAUCUUGCAGGGGCCUCUAAGUGAACUGCUCAUUUGACUCUUUUCUACCUUGACUCCAUGGAGUUCAGGCAACAGGCUGGUUUCACUCUGAUGCACAUUGGGUGAGGCCAUUGUGCCCAGCCCCUAGCUUCUGCUCCAGUUCCUCUUUGUUCACAUGUACCUGCAGUUUUGGGCUCCAUCCCUGGCUCCCUGGUGGUCCCCAGUCUCUGUUACUGUCUUGGCUAUGCAUAGACGGCAUGCCAAAUACUGGUUUUAGAUCCUAGGGCUGCUCCUGGCAGCAUGUCAGGCUGGCUUUUCUCCACAGUGCCCUUGCCCCACUUGGUCAGUAGGUUGGGUGGCUCUUGUUCACCAGGCCAAGCCACUUGUAUCUAGGCAGUGAUGAGGGGCUUGGUGCCUAAGAGGGCUCUCACCCAACACGUAGGGGAGGCAUGAGUGAGCACCAGACUGAAGCUCUGAGCUUUGAGCCUGGCUUGUUUAAGAUGCAUUUUACUGCCCCAGAGAAGUGCAGGAGCAUGAGGGAUGUGCUUCCAUCUGGCAGAAGAGCAAGGCUAUUACCUAGGUGGCUCCUUUUUCUCUUCCCAUGUGAAGCACAUGCAAUUGGGGCAAUGCCAGGCCAGGAUAGACUAGGGAUCCAUCUAAUCUGGUGUCCUGCCCCCCUCCCUGCCCCCACAGUGUCAGAUGCUUGGGGGGACCAAGCCUCCCUGCAGUGCUCCUUUUUAUGUGAUUAUUAUGGGGACAGAUUCUUCCAGGCCUCUGUUGGAAAUCAGCUGCUACCACACUAACUCUCACCAGUGUUAUCGAUACUACUGUAACUGCAAAAGCAUUGACAUGGCUGUACUCUCCCUCCUCUCUCCUGCUCCUCCCCUUUUUUUUAGCUUGCAAAGUUCCUUGUUUCUGUAUUUUCUGGGCAAUGCAUCCCACAAGAGAGUGACCUACUGCAGUAACAUCCCUUGACCAGCCAAGGGUUGCCCCUGUUUUAAGCAGGUUCUGAUCUAAGAGGACGAGGAGAUCAUCUUCCCUUUAGCCUCAGGUGAUGACGUGGUAAAGUGGAACAUGCAGCUGUACUGAUGGCUGCAGCAGUGAGCAAGGUGUUCAGACAGGGUGCUGCUGUGGACUUGAGGUAGUUGGGAGCUCAAGGCCGCUACAGAAGUAUUGCUGACUAAGACAUCUGCUCCUUGUCCUAGUGAAGGAGUCUCCAUCAUCUCAGUGCAAACUGCUGCUAAAUCAAGUAAUGAAUCGCUGAUCCAUUCCAGUCAUGGGCAAAAGAGUGGGUUGUAGUUUGGGGUCAGGCAGAGAAGUACCUGCCAGUGAGGUGACUAGAAUGGCAGCUUCUCGGCUGGACGUGCAACUUUUGCAGAGGUGAAGUGGGACCACAGAGACCCACCAGCAAAAAAAAUCCCAGCCAGCUUCCUACCCCAUGAGGUGAGGUAUGAUGGCUGCCGGGAAAGGGACCAGAAACUGAGCUGUCCUCUUGCACGCACUAGGGUCUGUCUGUGGAAGUGGCACUUGCAUAUUCAAAGAAUGGGUGUCUGUUACUGGCCCUGCUCUGUAGCAAAAUCUCAUUCCUGGAUAAACACGGGUGUCUGUGUGGCCCUUGGGGGCUGUAGCUCCCACUGACAGAGAAGAAAGUAAAGGGUAUAAGUAGGGUGCUAAUCCACCUAACCUUACCACCCACCUGCCCACGCACCUGUGUGUAACCAAAGGCAAACAUUGCCAAUGAUAGCACUUCUUAGCAGCUCUCUCCAGGGGUCUUGUCCUGCUCUGUAGCUGUUGUAGCUGAGGAAGAGGACGGUCGGUACAACCCCUUUAACUUUGUGCCUGACUGAGGAGGUACCUGUUGUGCGGUACUGGCUUUGUGAUCACUUUGCUGCCCUGUCUGCAUGCCUUGUCCUUGCCCCACGUCCUUUUGGGGGGACUCAUUUGUGCUGUGCGACAGCUUUUCUGCUCACUCAUCCCAGCCACAGCCAUGUGGUAACUCUGGCUUACUUGUGACCGUGUGACCCCACCUCCCCACGCUCCCUUCCAAGGCACUUCGUUGGUCUGUUUGAUUAC